CUUCUCUCUCUCUCUCUUUAUCUGACUAUCUAUCUUUGCAACGGCUAUCUCUGUCGUCAUUUCAAUUCAAACUCUUUACUUAACUUCUCUUGCUGCUUCUAGCUCCCCCUACCUUAGAUCUCUAAUCUCAAAUGCUCAAAUCCCUCAAUUCCAAAUCUGUAUUAUCUUUCCUGAUCUGACCCACUUCACAAAUAACAAUCCUUCUCUCCUUAAUCACAUUACCUAAGUAAAAGGCGAAGACUUUAGCAUCCUGAAGAGCCCAAAAACACCAGAUCUUUCCUCAUUCCAUAGUGGGAUUGUGAGCGAGAGAGAGAUAAAGUGGAGAGCUUUGGUCGAUCUUCCACAAGGGUUUCUGAAAACUACACUUAAUCGAUGGAUCCAUAACUAAAAGGCGAAUACUUUAGCAUCCUGAGUAUCUGAGAGGUAAAAAUAAAAUGGACAUAGUUGAGAGGAAACGACCUAGAGGAGCGUUUCUAAAUCUGUUUGAUUGGCCUGGCAAAUCAAGGAAGAAGCUUUUCUCAUCCAAUAUCUCUCAAGUCUCUGAAGAAUCUAAGCAAGCAAAAGAGAAUGCUCAUAACCCCUCUAUUACAAGACAUUCUGUUAUUGAGGUUGAUCAGUCUGUAAAGAACUCAGCUUUCAACCAGGGAAGCAACUCUAGCUGUUGUGCAUCCUCUGUAACUAGUGAUGAUGGCAAUGUGGUUAGAGGACCGAGUGUGGUAGCGAGGCUCAUGGGUUUAGAGUGUGUACCCCCACAAAACGUUAUGGAACCAAGGGUUAAUCCUAGUCUUGAUCCAUACUCUCUCAGACCCUCGCACCAGGCAAGCACUUGGGAUGCUAAUGCUGAGCAUCAGAGUGACUUUGAUGACGUUUCUUUGAAUCAUUUUGAUUCAAGAACUAGUAAAGGUCCGCAUAAGCGGAUGAUUGAGCGGUUUCAAACUGAAACCUUACCUCCAAGAUCUGCUAAACCGAUCUCUGUCACGCACAAUAAGCUCUUGUCUCCUAUAAGGAAUCCUGGAUUUGUUCCAUCUAGAAACCCUGCUUAUGUUAUGGAAGCUGCUUCAAGAAUGAUAGAGUCAAGUCCACGGAUGAUGGCAAGAACAAGGGUGGUUCCAUCAUCUGAUUCUUCUUCUCCUGUUCCAUUAAGGAUCCGAGAUUUGAAGGAGAAACUAGAAGCUGCGCAGAAAGCUUCAACUUCAUGCACUCAACAAGUCUCUAAUGAUAAUGCUCGUAGCAGUAAGUACCUUAGGGGAGAUCAAAGCGAGAGGAAGAGUACAGCUUUGGUGAAAAACAGUUGUGAUGGCUUGAAAGGUGAACUGAAACCACCUUCUUUCUUUGCACAAGCAAAGGGCAGUAGUAACCAGAAACACAACAGCUUAACGACGUCAUCAAGUGGAAACAAAAGGACAUCUUCAGGACAAAAGGAGAAAGGAGAAGCUAAGAACCGUGCAGUAAAAAGCCAGAAUGGUCUCAAAGGAUCUUCACUAAGCGCAGGGAAGAAUGUGCUUAAGCAGAACCAUCAGAAGCAAAACUGCAGAGACAAUCAGCAAAGUAGGAAACCAAUGAACAAAGUUGUAAACAAGGUUCUUGUGGACAGUGGUUCUUCAUCGAAAAGCUCAGGUUCUACUAUGACAUCAGCUGAAAAGUCUACAUCUUUACCUUUACACCGGAGAAAGAGUCAACCUCGUAGCAAAAAGCCACGAAAUGGGGUGCAAGAAGCAGGAACCUACGAGGAGAAACGGAUCAAAAGAGGUGAGAAGUCGAUCAAAUGCAACAUUUCCAUUGAUGGUGACUCAAGCACGAGUAAAACUGAUCAGAGAAGGGAUACGGAUGUGAUAUCUUUCACUUUCUCCUCUUCAAUAAAAGGUUUAUCUACUCGCUCGCAAGAAACCAAACAAGAUGCAGACUCUGCUGUUAAAUAUAAUGUGAUAGGCGGUAAUUCCUUAAAUGCGCUUUUGGAGCAAAAGCUCAGGGAAUUGACCUUGAAGAUUGAAUCCUCUAGCUCUAGCUUGAUCCAAGAAGAGUGUUUGACUUCCAUUUCAGAUGGUAGAGCGAGCAGGACAGUUUUAUCUCCAUCAAGACAUGGUGAGACAACUCAAAACAGUCUUGACAAUGUCUUAACAGAGAGUGAAUCUGUUUCUGACUGCACUUCAUUUUAUAACAACCAGGAAUCUCAGAAGAAGAAGAUGACACAAGGAGAAGAACAUGAAGUUAGCAGCUUCAGUACUCUUACAGAGGCUGAUGGUUUAGCACUCUCCAGCAACAAGAGUUUCUCAGAUGGAAGACACUACAGUGAAUAUGGCAUGAAACAGAGUUCAUCAGACCAAGAACUCACUUGGGUUACAUCAAGCGAGUCCCACGAAACCUUAGAUGAAACAGCCGCAUCAACACUUGAUUGGGAGCUCGAGUACAUAACCGAGAUCCUCAACUCUAGCCAACUCAUGUUACAAAACUUCACCUCAGGAGCAACCACUAGUGAACUAGUAUUACCCUCGAGCCUCUUUGAUGAAAUGGAACGCUCAAGAGGAGCUGUAACAUCGACAAAUAUCGAAAGAAAGGUGCUUUUCGAGUGUGUGAAUCAGUGCUUAGCAGUGAAGUUUGAAAGGAUGUUAGUUGGAAGCUGCAAAGGAAUGAUGAUGAUAAUGUUGGAAAAUAGAGAUUUGAUGGCUGAAGAAGUGAACAGAGAAGUGAAAGGGUUGAAGAAGAUGAGGGAGAUGAUGAUAGACGAGCUUGUGGAUCAUGACAUGAGCUGCUUGGAAGGGAGAUGGGUUGGUUAUGAGAGGGAGAUGUUCGAGGAAGGCAUUGAUAUAGAAGGGGAGAUAGUUUCUAGUUUGGUCGAUGAUUUAGUGAUUGAUCUUUUGUCUGUUGGCUUUCUUAAACGGUCGUUGUAGGUUGUGUGUAGAAGGGCUUCUUUUGGUUUUGAAACUGUCUGAAUGAAUAUUUUUUUGUUUUGUAACGAUUAACGGCUGAAGAAGAAGUGUCAUCUUUCGUUUGAAUUAGUUUAAAAAAGAAC